UAGUUCUUGUUUCCACCCGCCGGACUGUAUUGAACGGACCUUCGGUGUACAGUGCAGCGGCUGAGCGGCAUUAUCACUGCAUGCAUUCCUGAGUGACACAAUAUCAAUUAACAGCGAUAUAUAGAAAUAUAAAUUAUGUUUAAAAUACACUGCUUAGCUACAGCCAGAGGUUGGAGUUGCACGUAAUUUUAUAAAUAUUUGCAAACGGGAUCGCAACUGGCAUAUUUGAAACAGGAAAGAUGCCCAACGCCACCACAAGACCAAAAAGAACGAGGCGUCAUAGGCGAGCACAGAGAGAAGAUGCUGCGAGAAAUGAGUUGGUGUCCAGAUCACUCGAAAGUGCACAACAGUGUCUUUUCAGUCAGGACUAUGGCACAGCUUUUGUUCACUAUCUCCUGGCUUUAAGCGUCGCCCCAGCCCUGAAAGACUUUGCAAAAGAGUCAUUCAGAUUUACACUGUUUAAAUGGGCAGAUGAGCUGGACUCUCUGGGACGCAUUAAGGAACUUUUUGAUUGCUAUGAACAAGCCAUGGAAUUGUUUCCGGUCGAUGAGGUGAUAGUGAACAGCAUGGGAGAGCAUCUCUUUAGAAUGGGAUUUCGGGAUGAGGCUGCUGGCCAUUUUUACAAAGCCCUCAAGCUCAGACCAGAUUUUCCAGAGGCAAAGGAGAACUUUUACCGUGUUGCUAACUGGUUGGUGGAACGCUGGCACUUCUUAAUGCUUAACGACCAUAGCCGAAACCACAAGUAUCAACUGGCUAUUCAGAAAGCUGUGGAGGGAGGAUGCAACACCGUUCUGGAUAUUGGAACUGGCACUGGCAUCCUCGGAAUGUGCGCAAAGAUGGCAGGCGCUGCUGAAGUCUAUGCCUGUGAGCUGUCAAAGACAAUGUAUGAGCUGGCAUGUGAGGUGGUUUCAGCCAAUGGGAUGGCAGAUAGCAUCAAGAUCAUUCACAUGAAGUCUCUGGACAUGGAAAUACCCAAAAACAUUACAAAAAGGGUGUCACUGGUUGUAACAGAGACUGUAGAUGCAGGGUUGUUCGGUGAGGGCAUCAUUGAGAGUCUGAUCCAUGCAUGGAAGCACCUACUGUUACCUCCACCUAACCCUCAAGAACCCCUUCCCAGUCCUUCGCAAACAGGCCGGGUAAUACCUGCUGGUGCAACUGUGUUUGGAGUGGCUGUGCAGUGUCAUGAAAUCCGCAGAAACCAAAGACUUUGUGUGUCUUCAUUGGGAGGUUUGGACCUGUCGGCAGUAGGACAGAUCUACAGUCCUGUUAGCUGUUCGGGUGAUGCCGAGGACAGCACAGAGCCCUACACUACUGAAAGACUAAGCCGUAUGCGAGGAGGAUACAUUCAGCUCACACAGCCUUUCACAGCUCUGGACAUAAACUUCAAUAAUGUGCAGGAGCUGGAGGGUCUCUGCUCCAGAGAGGUGACACAGCUGAGAUUGUAUGUGACUCAGGAGGGAGUUCUUGAUGCUCUGGCUGUAUGGUUUCAGCUGCACCUGGAUCAGGACAACCACCUGUCCACUGGCCCACAGGAAGACACAUGCUGGGAACAGGCCAUUUAUCCAGUACAGACUCAAUUUAACACACUAAAACGUGGCGAUGAACUGCUGGUGGAAGUUUCCUGUAAGGAUGCUUAUCUAAGACUGUGCUGCAUUGCUGUCGAAAGAGACGGACAUACGUUCCAUCUGGACAAUGGAAAUAAAGGACCUCCAAAGAUCCUAAACCCAAACCCUGAAGCGGAGCUAUGCAGUGCUCUGGCUGGCCUUCAAACUCACCCAGAAAGACCAUCUCCCACUUUUACACUGGAGUGCUCAGAGAUUGCCCUCCUCAACAACGUAACAUAUCAUAGCUGCUUCGAAAGGGCCAUGAGCAAACUUUUAGCUUCUCUAAAGUCAACGAUGAGGUCACAGGAGUCAGUUGUCAAUCCUUCCUCUGAUCAAAUCUAUGUGCUUGAUGUCUCUGAGGGCUUCUCUGUGCUUUCCUUAAUAGCAGCCAAGUCGGGCUUGGGAUCAGAUGAAGAUAAGCAAAUGAGCACUGGGUUUGUUCAAGCGUACAGCUCAGUUGAGAAGGAACAUCAUCAGACUAUGUUGAGACUGCUGGCGAAAGAUAACGGUGUGCCUGAAAGCACUCUAGAGUUCUGGCUGAGCCAUAUGGAGGACGAUUCUGCUGUUAUUCAGCGGCCAGCCACUGAGAAACUCUGGAGUGCUAUAAUACUGGACUGUAUAGAGACCUGUGGCCUCAUUAGACAGAAGAUGUUGGAGAAAGCAGUGAUAGCGAGGUGUUUACUGGAGGAGGGUGGACAGAUUUUUCCAGAGCGUAUUUUGAUCCAUGGUAUGCUUGUCGAAUCAAACACGCUGCUUCAGGAGAGUGCUGUUCAGGGAACAGAGCCAACCCUUGGGUUCAAUAUUGCACCAUUCAUCAAUCAAUUCACUGUUCCUGUUCACAUGUUUUUGGAUCUAUCCACCCUUGAAUGUACACAUCUAAGUGAACCAGUUGAACUCUUCACUCUGGACCUCAUGAACAGCACAGCCAAUUAUACCAACAGAGAAGUUAAAGUUCAGGUCAGCACCGCAGGCAAAGUGACUGCCAUUCCCUUCUGGUAUCAGAUUCAUCUGGACUCUGAGCUGAGUGUCAGCACCUUUAGUGAGGACUCUCACUGGAAGCAGGCUGCGGUGGUCCUCCAGCAGCCCCUGGAGGUGAGCAGAGGAGAUUGGGUCCAUCUCAGCAUCCAGCUCCAGAAGAGCAGUAUCUCCAUUACAGCUGCUAAAGAGGAGGGGCCUGGAGCUAAUGAUGUCAGCAGAGAGGAGGGAAUGGUUGCUUCUCCAUGAUAGAGGCGGGGCAUGUAAUAAUGACUCAUGAGGGGAGGAUUCUGUACACCUUAAUAUACAGUAAUACAGAAAUGUAAAAAUUGCUGCUAAUGGGCAAUUAUUUAAUUGCUGUAUGCUACAAAGUUAAUAUUUUUUAAAAACAAAACACAUUUUACAAUAAAAAAAAUUGCAACUGGAAAUUGUGUGACUUCAUGAACAUUUAAGACAAUUCAUUAGAAAUAUUUCAAUACGCAUUUGUGUGUGAACUUUAAUGAUUUGUAAACAUUGAUAAGGCAAUGCAACAGUUGUUGAAACCAUUGCAGAAGAUGCAUCUCACUGAAUAGAAGAGAGAUUUGCAUGACCAAGUGUCAUGGCUGUAUACCUUGUUUUUAUACAUCAUGUGCAGCUAA